AUGAGCUCGCAGCGCUAUCAACGGGUGAAUCCCAACGACGAAGAUGACGAAUCUCAUUCAUAUCCGUUGAACCCAACCAGCAACGGCAGUCCAAACUCUCCGCCUCCCUCGUUUCGAUCUCGAUCCCGUUCCACCUCACCGUCUUCGCGGCGACUCCUCCAUAAUGAUCCAUUGCAUGAAGACAACGACCAGACUUUGGCCGACGCUUUUGGUGAUGACGACGAGUCGGAUGAGGACGGAGAGCCCGAUGACAGGCAACGGUUGAUGCGUGGCAGUCCAGAUACGGGAUCACAUAUUGGCUACGAUCAGCCGGCACCAUCGGCACCUUCUUCUGAUACCCGAAUAAACGGUCAAGAGCCCCCUCGUAUUUCACCAUUAUCGCGCCGCCCAACGAUAUUGCCGACGUUCACCACACCUGCGGCAGGUAGUGGUCGGUCAGUAGCUCCGUCUAAUGAUGGUGUGUUCGCCAACUUGGCCGCCAAGCCGGAGCGUGGAGAAAAGACUGAGGAUUUGCCUCCGUCCUAUGAAGAGGCCGCCGCGGAUGCGACACCGCCCUAUUGGGAAACCACUAUCCUGGCGCCCGGUCUCUCUUCCAACGAGGUCUACGUGGAUGGACUGCCAGUCGGAUCCGUCUUCUCUUUCGUGUGGAAUGCCAUGAUCUCCAUGUCCUUCCAGCUCGUCGGCUUCUUGUUGACCUAUCUCUUGCACACCACCCACGCUGCGAAGAAUGGCAGUCGAGCAGGUCUCGGCCUUACUCUCGUCCAGUGGGGGUUCUACAUGAAAGGCGGCAGUGAUUCGUCUGGGGGUGAUGGUGGUGACCAAUAUGUCCCACCCCCGGAUCCCAACAGCCACAACUUCGACCCUGACUCGGUAGGCACCAGCGGGGAUGGUGAUGGAGGUGCCAUGUCCGGAAUCACCACCAACGAGUGGAUCUCCUACGUGCUGAUGAUUGUGGGCUGGUUUAUCCUCAUCCGUGCUGUGAGCGACUUCCUCCGUGCCCGGCGUCAUGAACAACUGGUAUUGCAGAGCCCCGAGCGAGGCCUGGGCGUCCCGGUUAUCGCAGAAGGAGAACGUGCCGAGACCGUCGUUUAA